UUUCCCUCGCGUCUCCGAGGUUUGUUGGCACGUUUUACGCUCUUACUCUCUUGCGAACCGUUUCUCCUCAGUCUUAGUUUGGCUUGCAUCGUUGCGGUACACAACUGUGGGAGGCGUUUGACCUGAGUUUUACCGUAAAGUUUGUCUGCUGAAUUGUACAUUGCAACUCACAGGCUAUUUGUGAAGCAGCCAUGGCAUCAAAAAUAAUCAGUUUAUUGUAUCGGCAGAAUUUGCCAGUAUUUGGAGGUCAUAUCUCAACGCGCAUGAUCCAUAUCAGUUCCACUCGUUGCUCUAAUAUUUUAAAGGAUUCGCCAAAUGCACAGCUCAAUAAAACUUUACUAGAUCGUUACCGGAGAUUGAAAUAUAAUCCCAAACUGGUGCAAGCCACUUACGUGUGGAUCGACGGAACCGGUGAACAUGUACGCCUAAAGGACCGUGUACUGGACUUUGCACCGGCGAAGCCGGAAGAUUGUCCGGAGUGGCAGUACGAUGGUAGUUCCACUUACCAGGCCUUGGGUGGUAAUUCUGAUAUUAGAUUGGUUCCGCGCGCUCUCUACAAAGAUCCCUUCAAAUCUGGCGAGAAGGACGUGAUCGUGCUGUGUGAUACGUACCAACCGGAUGGGAAACCAACCGAUUCGAACAAGCGAGCGGCAAUGCAGCAGGCGUUCAAUGAAACAAAAGCUUUGGAACCGUGGUUCGGCAUCGAACAGGAGUACACUUUCCUGGACAUCGACCAUCGUCCACUGGGUUGGCCUUCAGGUGGCUUUCCUGGUCCUCAGGGUCCCUACUAUUGUGCCACCGGAGCCGAAAAUGUCGUUGGCCGUGAUAUUGCUGAAGCUCAUGCAAUCGCCUGUUUGUAUGCAGGAAUUGAUUUCGCUGGAACGAACGCCGAGGUUAUGCCAGCGCAGUGGGAAUUUCAGGUCGGUCCCAGCGUUGGAAUGAAAUGCGCCGACGAUAUUUGGGUUGCUCGCUACAUCCUGUGGCGCAUCGCCGAGGACUAUGGUGUGGUGGUAACGUUUGAUCCGAAACCGAUGGAAGGACCCUGGAACGGAGCCGGUGGCCAUUGUAAUUUCUCCACCAAAGCUAUGCGAGAGGACGGUGGAAUGGAGGUAAUCAAAGCGGCUAUCGAGAAGUUGGCAAAGAAACACGAUAAGCAUAUCAAAGCGUACGAUCCACAUGGAGGCAAGGACAACGAGCGCCGGCUGGUUGGUCGCUUGGAAACUUCGUCGAUCGAUAAUUUCAGCUGGGGCAUCGCCGAUCGUAGUACCAGUGUGCGCAUCCCACGCAGUGUCGCCAAUGCGGGCAAGGGCUACUUCGAAGAUAGACGUCCCAGCUCCAACUGCGAUCCGUACAGCGUUUGCAAUGCGAUUUUAACUACCUGCUUAAUCGAGGAUUAGAUCAGAGGAUUACUACCCUAAGAGUAAAGUUCAUGCGUUCCUCAUUUUGUCAAGAUGCUUUUACGAUAUACCUCAAAUUGUUGUGCAUUUUCAAACAAAUAUCAAUGGUAGUGACGUUGACAAUAUCAUAUAUAAUUGAUAAACUUAUUCAAUAACAAAUCUAUCAGAUAUUAUAAAUAAAAUCUAUAGUUGAAUGACAAAAAACA